AUGCGAAAAGGAACAGAAUCACUGCACCUCACACCUAUAGAAACCAUCACUAACACCACCAACGGCACCCAAAAAAGUGGACAACCGUUCAUAGCUUAUUCUCCGGAACGAUUCGCGGUUGCCGUUGUCCAGUUUGCAAGCACCCCUACCGCGUUGGUUUCAAGUACAAGCGAUAAUCACGGUGAGCGGCAGGCGGCGAAGCGCAGUAGGGAAGGUGCGGGGCUAUGGUUCUGGAGGAUCGCAGCUCCUGGUGAACGUGGACCCAGAGGUCAAGAUAAUUUCAAGUCGUAUCCAGCCGUCGAUUGCAGUGUGCGAGAUAUUGGCUGUAUUCGAUGUCCCGCAGGUUCCCCUGGUUUUCCUGGACCACCCGGCAAAGAAGGCCUUAAAGGUCCCCCAGGCCUACCAGGUAAUCCUGGUUACACACCAAAAAGAGGAGCUCCUGGACCUCCUGGUCCAAGUGGAAAUCAAGGACGUCCAGGUUCGAAAGGUGACCCGGGUAACAGAGGACUACCAGGAAGAAAUGGAGUGAUACCAGUUCGGAGCAGAGGAGGCAAAGGACCUCGUGGAAAUCCUGGAAAACAAGGCAAACCGGGCAAACCGGGUGUUCGAGCACAGGAUGGUUUGCCUGGAGCCAUGGGCCCUACGGGAAAACCUGGAUAUGGUGGAGAAAGAGGAAAGCCUGGUCAGCCGGGAUUACGAGGAGCAGUUGGACCACCAGGCCGCGAUGCUGCGUACUGCACUUGUCCAAAGCGAACAUUGCUUUUUUUGAAAAAUUCAAAAACAUGA